GCACACUCGAGCUGUGACCGCCGCACAGUGAACAACUGCCUCGUUACUCAGCCGACAAACCGACUUUGAAUCAGAAGACGCAUUCCAAACAUGCACGGAUACCGAACCUACAACAUGGAGAGCCACCAUGCCCACCACGACGCCAGUCCCGUGGACCAGAAGCCCCUGGUCGUGGACCUCUUGGCCAGCCAGUACGGCAAGCCGCAGACGCCACCACCCUCGCCAAAUGAAUGCCUAUCCAGUCCGGACAACUCGCUGAACGGCAGCCGCGGCUCGGAGAUACCCGCCGACCCGUCGGUCCGUCGCUACCGCACCGCCUUCACCCGCGACCAGCUGGGUCGCUUGGAGAAGGAGUUCUACAAGGAGAACUACGUGUCCCGUCCGCGUCGCUGCGAACUGGCCGCCCAGCUGAACCUGCCGGAGAGCACGAUCAAGGUGUGGUUCCAGAACCGACGCAUGAAGGACAAGCGCCAGAGGAUCGCCGUCGCCUGGCCCUACGCCGCCGUCUACUCCGAUCCCGCCUUCGCCGCCUCCAUUCUCCAGGCCGCCGCCAACAGCGUGGGCAUGCCCUAUCCGCCGUACGCCCCCGCCGCUGCCGCCGCUGCUGCCGCCGCCGCUGCCGUGGCCACCAACCCGAUGAUGGCCAGCGGAAUGCCCCCGAUGGGCAUGCCCCAGAUGCCCACGAUGCAAAUGCCCGGACACUCGGGACAUGCCGGCCAUCCCUCGCCCUACGGACAGUACCGCUACACGCCCUACCACAUCCCCGCCCGCCCGGCUCCGCCACAUCCCGCUGGCCCUCAUAUGCACCAUCCGCACAUGAUGGGCUCCAGCGCCACGGGAUCGUCGUACGCCGCCGGAGCCGCCGGCCUUCUGGGCGCCCUGCCCUCCGCCUCCUGCUACACGGGACUGGGCGUGGGUGUGCCCAAGACGCAGACGCCGCCGCUGGACCUGCAGUCGUCCUCAUCGCCGCACUCCUCCACGCUGUCGCUCUCGCCAGUGGGAUCCGAUCAUGCCAAGGUGUUCGACCGCAGUCCAAUGGCUCACUCAGCUCCCUCAGUUCCUGCUCCCGCCCAUGCGCCGCUGACCACCACCAGCCCGCUGCCCGCCCCCGGCCUCCUGAUGCCCAGUGCCAAGCGGCCCGCCUCCGACAUGUCGCCGCCGCCCACGACGACCGUGAUUGCGGAGCCCAAGCCGAAGCUCUUCAAGCCCUACAAGACUGAGGCGUAAGCCCUCGCUCCACAUCCCGAUCCUGCUCCUGCUCCAGCUCCUGCUCCUGCUCCCCCAACGAUUGUACAAACUAGCCUUAGUCAGCCACUUCUAUUUAUUCCCGAAGAUUGUACAGAUUGUAGAGUAGCUAAUUGUAGUCAUAGUUAAGGCGCAAAAUCAAACGUACUCGUAAAUGCGA